CCGAAGACCUCUCUGUCCAUCUGUGUUCAUUACACAGUAGCCUACUUACAUAGUUUUGCUGGCAGUACCGAACGCGCUUGAGGGUAUGUGUAAAGCGCGCUAUACCUUACGGAAUAUCAGUACUCUACUAGUCAAAGGAGCCUAUAUUGCCUCAUCAUACAGACUCUCAGCUUCUUUCAGCCAAUUGGCUGAGGCCUUCGAGCGUACAACUUAUCGCCUUCCUGCUUGCAAUGCCCAAGAGUGACACGUGGCCGGACGGCGUCGCCGUGGAAACCCUGGGCGGCACGGACAGUGCUGGCAGCUGUGAUAGUGUUGUCAGCAUCCACUCCGGUUUGAGCGAUGCCAGUCUGGAGCAGCUCUCUGCUGAGGAGCGGGAGUGCAUCCUGUUCCUGGAGGAGACCAUCGAGUCCCUGGAGGCCGACGAGGACGGCGACCGGACCGGCGGCGAGCCCGAUCUCCGGCCGAACCCUGGGAGCCUGGCCGAAAAGAUCGCCCAUCUCUCCGCCUCUCUGUCAGGCUCUAUCUCAAGACAUCUCCAUGAUGGUCCUACAGGAGAGGGGGAGAGAGAGCACAGGCCUGUCCAGGGCUGCCUGGUGCCCACUCCACUGGUGAUGGCAAAGAGCGGGCAACCCAAUGCUGAGCCUGGCACGGGCUCCCCACCCACCGUCUCCCCGUGCCCGCUCUCCAAGACAGGCUCGUCCCGGGGUCAGGACGCCGCGGCGGCAGCCAGGAGAGCAGGGUGCCAGGAUCGCCCCAAAGCCGGCUUGGCCAGGGGGCCGCUGUCUUAUGAGGGUCUGCUGGAGCUGAGGAUGAUGAAGCCGACCCUGAAGAAGCACGCUCAGAGCUUCUCUUCUGGAGUCAAGGAGAGGGCCAAGCCGGCCCCCAGCGACCUCAGUGAGGGGAGGCAAUCCAGUCGCCCCUCUGACUCCACUUCCCAGCAUGCACCUCUUCACCUGACCCUCAAACCCAGGGUUACCCCUCCGACGGUUGCACCUAAACCUAAAAUUCUCCCACCCAGCGUUGCCGUGACAACCCAAAAAGCGCCUGUCCCAAACCCAGACUCCCAGACGGACUGCCUGGGCACGUCGCCUCGAGAGAGGGUGAUAAUGGAUCCCCAGCAGGUGAGGAGAGAGGCUCUGCGUAAAUUAGGGCUCCUGCAGGACGGGGGGACCGCCCCCCCUUUCGUCACUGGGACCCUGCCGUCCGCCACGGGCCGCCCGCGCUCCAGGAGCGACCUUCCCCCCGCCCCCAGCUCACGCCCCCCUCCCCCGCCCGUCGGGGCCAAGUCCGUGACCCUGGAGCGCUGUUCGGACAGCUUUAAGCCCCGCCCCCGUGCCCGCACCGCCUCGCUGGGACACGGGAGGGAGGUCAGGGCCCCCCAGCCGGACGCCGCGGCCGAGCCCACCUCCCAGAAGCCCCUGUUCCCGAACGGCAUCUCCGCGGCGAUGGUGCCCUGGAACCAGACGGGCCAGGUGAGACAGGAGGCUCUGAAGAAGCUAGGACUGCUGAGGGAGUGAGAACUCACCCCUCCCCCCCCUCCGCAAACCCAAAAAAAACUGCACCCUGAAUGCUGCACCAUCCUGUCCCAGCACAGGUGACCAAGUGCCCCCCUCCCCCCCCCCACUGGCUGUAGGUGAGAGGUGGAGUGAUUGACGCUUUGCGCCAGGUACUGGAUCGACUGAAACACAAUGAAGAUAUUUGCACAGGCGGAGAACGCAGCGGUCUGUGGAGCACAGGGCUGUGGGGUGAGGCACAGGCUGGUACCCUGCCCUGCAGGCUGACUGUUCUGGGGUCAGCAUCCUGUCACGUUUUUUUUUUUUUUUACCUUUACUGCUAACGUUAAAGAAUAACACCAGUAAUUACACUUUUCUAUUUCAGUCUAGGCAACAUAUUGUAUGGAAGUACCAAAGCCAAAAAUUACUCUGUCCAACUCCCUGUCCUUUUAGACAUUUUCCUACCCCAUUUAGCGUUUCACCAGGAAAGCUAUUUAUUUCAGUUGUGCGCUGGUGCCAUUAAAUACUGCUCAGAAAGACAUUUUAAUUAUCAGAAAAUGCAACUUUUUACGACGAAAAACAUAGACAGUGUAGUUUUUACCACACUGUUAGUGUUUUCAGUAUUUUGGUGCCGUGCCGAACUACAUUCCACAUAUCGAAAAAUCAAUCUUUGUCACUAUUGUUUCAGUAAAAAAGUACGAAGGUCAGGUUCUUCGUAAAUGGUGAAUUAUGCUGACCAAAGCUACACUUGUCUUAAUACUUUUUUUUGGACAACAACGAGUUCUGUGACUUCCAGUAUAGCGCUGUUGGCUAGAUGGACAAUAAUUGGUUUGUAGGAUAAAUUCAUUGAGAGCUGGACAGAAACAUUAUUGGUUUUGGUCUUUUAAUAGGAUAUGUUGAUGAUACUAUAAAAAUGAAAAUUAGCAGUGUUAUCCUUUACAUACUAGCACAGUAAAGGGGUGUGGGCAGGUACACACUGAUGCGAUGCCUUAAAUUAUUUUGAUGCUGCAGUCACUGCGACUACCAAGCUGCCUUCAAUAGACAACAGAUAUGUGCUGUUUGACCUGUACUUAAUAGAUAUCUAUAUAGGAAUGUUAAAUUCAGCAUUUGUUAAUCUUCAUUUUAAAUGAAAGAAAAAUAGAUAUUAUUGUGCGGAAGUAUCUAUAGAAAACAAUAGAUUUUUAUUUUAUCCUGAUAUUUGUUUAUCAAGCAGAAAUUAAUUUGCAGAACUGUUUUUAUACAGAAAUUUUCUCCUCAAGGACGAAUACAGGUGACUGCACAUUUAAAAAAGCAGGAGCCGUCAUAAAAGUGAGAGCUUCGGUGUUUUAUAUCCGUUCGAUCAGAGCUGAAUCUAACGUGGCUUGGCCUUCGAUCACCCCUGUCAUUGACUGAAAUUGAAAUGCUGCUGCUGGGCGAUCCUGUGUAGAUGGCACUCAGUGAGAUGAAUCAGCUGAAUAAAACAUUUUGUCCUUUUC